GGAAAUUCGAAUUGCUAAUAAUGGUGUGCUAUGCAACGAGAGAAACUAGAGCAGCAGUGCCUUCUCAGUCACAGACUUCGGGUCUGUAGGGACUCGGGCAAAAUGAUGAAGACGAAGUGGGUGAGCAGUCAAGUGUAUAAUUUGAUGCUAAAGUUAUCAUUUUGUACUAGAAGCGGCCGAUCGCAAAAGAACGGUAAUCAAAAUUAUAUGGGUUAUCAUCGGUGUAAUGAUAUAGGCAAGACAGGUACAAACAUCGCACAUCAAACUUUCGCAAAGCAAUUGAAUUGGGGAUGGUUCGAGCAAAGCCUCAUUUUCCAAUUAAGUCGCUUCGUAGACCCAACGUACCCGAUAGUGUGCCCGUUUCACACCUUCACGAAAGAAGCCAAACGGUUAAGCAAUUUCAAGAAUGUCGAUGUCACCAUCCCUGCCGGGGCAACGAAAUUAAACGGCGCCACCAUACACGUUUCGUGGGAGAUCGGUUGGACAAUUGGUUAAACCUGGUAUCUUCAACUUUCCGGUGUUACUUCUUUCAGACAAAUUGUCGUUAUUGCCUUCUUUAAAUUACCAAGACGCUGAUAGGCCGUGAAAUCGAGUGGUAGCUUGAAAUUAGGCCCAUCACAGCCUCCUUCGCUCAAUCAGGACGGACUUCUUUGCCCACAGCCUGUGCGACAACACAGUUGAAUAAGGGGGUGGAUUAUUACGAGCGCGCCAGUAGUAUAAGAUUUUGAUGUCUCAAUCAUGCGAGGGGUAAGAGAUAUAUCCCUGAGUUGAUGAGCAGCACUGUCGAAAAGUCGAGCUCUCACGCAGAGCCGUUUGACGGAUCCCAUAAGGAGGAUAUAUCAGACGCAGAGCGGUCUAACCGGCAAGAAGUG